AUGGAAACGCUUCCUCGUCUGCUGUUGCUGCUGCUGCUGCUUAUCAAAGCGAUUGCUGGCACCGACCUAAAGCAGGACAGUCUAGAGGAACUGCAGCAUUUCAAGCAGUGCGUGCGCGGCUCACAGCGUGGCAAGCUGAGUGAAUGCCUUGGCCGUUCCGCCUUGAACUUCAUACAGCGUUUCGAGGAGCGGGAUAAUGUGACUUUCAUGGCUGACUUUGUUGCUGUUAGGCAGGAGACGGCGGCAAGUCGCUCGCUGGUGAACGUGCUGGACACAGAUCCCGUGGACUUUCGUGGCAUUUUGGAAAACGCGGGCGCUGUGAUGGGACAGCGCAGCCUGGAGUGGCACAUGGAUGCUCUCUAUCCGGGCUUGAUGUUCAAAAUCGGACCCACAGCCGAUGCCAACAGCGUGGCGGAGUUUGUGCUGGACGAUAGUGCGCUUGAUCAGCGACAGUUUGGCUAUGAGGAGGCCAGCACAGGUCGUUUGCUGGCCAAGCAGUAUCUGCUGCCCUUUCUGCUGGGUCUGAAGUUCAAUUUGGUGGCGCUGGUGCCGCUGCUCUUCGCUGGCAUAUGCCUGCUGCUGAAGAAGUCGCUCUUCCUGGCCAAGUUGGCCAUCUACGUGAGUAGCUUCUUGGGUCUGGGCGGCGUGCUGGGCACGCUGGGCGGCUUUGGCGGCUUUGGUGGCUUUGGUGGCGGCGGCGGCUUCGGCUAUGGUGGUGGCUUCGCCGGACCACGCCCCAUUGGCCAUUUCCCUGGCAAGACCACAGUGUACAAUCACAACGACGAGCUGCAUCAUCAGUACAAUGUGCACGAGCCACAGCCGUACAAGCGUAGCGAUCGCAAAGUGCGCUUCGAGCAGCCAAGGGAACAGCCCGCAGCAGCUGCCAGCACUAAGCGACCAACUGAGGAUCGGUUCUAUGACUACGAGCACCAGCGCCGCCAAAACAAUCCACUGGAGGAGAGCAUCGGCUCGGCAGAUGCUUUGGUGCGCAGUCUGCAGAGCACCUCGACCAGCCAGAUGAAUGGCUGGCAGGUUGUGGAUUGCCUGGUCGAACAAGCGGAACGACUGCUGGAUGCAGCUCGCCAGGACAACAACACCUGGCAGCUGAACGAGUAUCUCAGCAUAGAGCCGCAUCAGCACAACAGGCAGACGCAACAGGCACGCAGCUCGCCAGGCUUGCCUGCCAAGCUGCUGGAGCUGGCUCAGGGCAGAGCGCUGCAGGUGAGGCUGCCGCGGCAGCUGACCAUAUCGAAUGCCAUCGAUGACUUCGGCAUUAAGCCUAGCGUGGAUCAAGGUCGCAAGAAGAAGGACAAAGAUAAGAACAUGGCCAUGAUGGGCGGCAUGAUAAUGCUGGCAACCUUCGCACAAAUGUUCCUCGGCAAGGUCAUCCUCAUCGCUGGCGCCGCUUUCAUAAUGGCCAAAAUCGCUCUCGUCAUAUCGCUGCUGGGCAGUCUAAAAAAGGGCUCGGCUGGCAGCAGCAGUAGUCCGGAACAUGUGAUCGUGACGAGCGGCGGGCACAGCCACGAGAGCGGCUGGCAUCGCAGCAUGCCCACGCACGACUACAGUGGCACCCAUCCGUCAGAGCCCGUCGCAGACGAUUCGCAUCCGAGUCACGACCAGGCCUACUAUGCCUACGAGAUGGAGCAGCCGAGUCGACGACAUUUGACGCUAAAUAACGAGCCGGAGCCAACAACUGCCGCUGUGCGCAGACCUGGGUUUCUCUAG